AUGGAUCCUAUGGAGGGAGGCAAAGGCAUCAACCCUGCCACGGUACGUAGAUCACACACACACCGCCACAUCUCUCACCACGCUAACGCUCUCUGUCAUUUCCACAUCUCUGCCAGCAUCAACCCUGCCACGGACAUCCCAGCGGUGCUAGCGGAGUCUGCCGUGUUUACUCCGGAGGACGGGAGUGGAGGAGGAGGGUUUGUGGUCCACUGGCUCAACAACAAGGACCUGUCCUUCACCACCUCCAUGGACCUGUUCAUGCUGCAGCUCCGCAAGCUCUCAGAACAGCAGCUGGACCAAGCCACCGACGACGCCCUCGACCAGAACGGCUCCCCCAUUAAGUUUGACUUUGACCUAGAUGAGAUGUCAGAGAAGGGUUCAUCAGAGCAUGAGGAGGGUGAGGGUGGUGAAGGCAGCACCAAGGCGUCGUCCCCAGGCUCCAGUAGCUCAGUGCCCCUGCCCUCCAUGUUGCUGGAGAGGAAGAUGGAGGCGUUAACUCUGGAGUGGAAUAAGAGUCCUGACAUGCUGUUUACCAUCCACCCCACCGACGGGUCCUUCCUGGUCUGGCACGUCAAAUACCUGGACGAGUACAUCCAGGGGAUCUUCAGACAGGUGCAGGUGUCGUUCUCGUCCCGUAUCCCGGUGGCGUUCCCUACAGGCGACGCCAUCCUGAGUAAGAACAUUCUGAUGUACGCCUGCUCCUUCUCCAACGUGGAUAGCUCCAACGCCGGGGGAGAGCAGGGGACGAGGGCCCGCCGUCUGCCCCGUUCUGCCUCUGCUGGGCUGGGUUCCUCAGCCCUCAGCCUCUCUCUGGGCCAAGCUCCAGGCAUCGGCCCUGCUGUCAUGAUGGUGUCCAAACAUGUGGAUGGGUCUCUCAAUCAGUGGGCGGUGACGUUCGCUGAGCGCUCGGCGUUCUCCAACGUUCUAACGGUGUCUCAUACGUUCCGUUACUGCGGUCACCGGUUCCACCUCAACGACCAGGCGUGUCACACCGUCCUCCCCCUACUGCUGACCUCCUCCCACCACAACGCUCUCCUCACCCCCCCCUCCGCCCCCAGCAGCAUCGACCUCGACCAGCCACCCCACACCUCCCCCAGAGGACGGCGCAGGAAGCAGCUGCGUAACGCGGCCACCAGGACGUUCCAUGACCCGAACGCCAUCUACAGUGAGCUGAUUCUGUGGAGGGUGGACCACAUAGGACCCCUGUCCUGCACUGGAGGAGUGUCAGAGCUGGCCCGAAUCAACUCUCUGCACACAUCAGCCUUCUCCAAUGUAGCAUGGCUGCCUACCCUUGUACCCAGCUCUGUGCUAGGUACAUACUGUAACAGUUCCAGUGCGUGCUUUGUAGCGUCAGAUGGUAAGAACUUGCGUCUCUACCAGGCUGUGGUGGACGCCAGGAAACUACUGGACGAACUGUCAGACCCUGAGACCUCAAAACUAGUAGGAGAGGUAUUUAACAUAGUGAGCCAGCAGUCGACAGCCAGACCAGGCUGCAUCAUAGAACUAGAUGUCAUCACUAACCAGUGUGGAUCUACCACCCAGCUCCUUCAUGUUUUCCAGGAGGACUUUAUUUUGGGGUAUACACCUCAGGAGGACCCAGAGCUCUACACUAUAUCCUACCCUUCUCUCGAGGAGUACCACCCUACUCCGUUCUCUGAGAAGUUCUUCCUGGUUGUCAUAGAGAAGGACCUGAACAUGAACUCUGUGCUGCAGAUGUGGCACCUGCACCUCCAGUCCGUACAGGCCUGUGUGGAUGAUCCGGUCCCAGAGCGGUCUUACCAGUCUCAGCUGACGAUCCCGUUCCAACAGAGUACAGCUGACACGUCCCCCUCCCCUCUCCCUCGCUCAGCCUCCACAGCCAACCUGCAGUCAGCCAGCAAACUGAUCCUCAGCUCCAAGCUGGUCUGUAGCCACCGCCUGGACCUGCCUGUUGGGGUGGAGGUGACCAGAGCUACGCCCUCCGCAGGUCACCUGAGUUCGUCAUCCAUCUACCCUGUAUGUCUGGCCCCCUACCUGAUCGUCACCACCUGCUCGGUCCGCGUCCGUUUCUGGCGCUGCUCUGUGGAGGGGGAGAGACAGCCUGGGGUGUGAGGAGGGGAGAACAGGAUCUAUCACUGGGAGCCUUGGGCUCUACUCAACGAGGAGGAGGAUAACAACAGUGCUGUGUGUGUCCCGGGACGUCCUGUAGCCGUGUCCUGUUCCUACACUGGACGACUGGCUGUCUCCUUCAAACAGCCCCGGCCUGGACACAUCCCGGGACAGAGCCAUGGUCCAGCAGGGGACUUCUCCAUGCACGUGUCCAUCUUUGAGUGUGAGUCUACAGGGGGGUCUGAGUGGGUGUUGGAGCAGACUCUCCAUCUGGAUGACUUCACUAGGCCCUCCUCUACCCUGGACCCCAGAGUCAGUGUAGACUCCAACCUCUUUGUGUACAGCAGGUCUGACCUGUACAUGAGUCGCGACCACCACACUCCCAACAUCAAACACUAUGUCCACCUGGACUGGCUGUCCAAAGAGGAUGGGUCUCAUAUCCUCACGGUGGGGGUGGGAUCCAAUAUCCUCAUGUACGGUCGCAUCUCGGGCGUGGUCAACGAACAGACCUCAAGCAAGGACGGGGUGGCGAUCAUCACCCUACCUCUAGGGGGCAGCAUCAAACAGGGUAUCCGUUCACGCUGGAUCCUGCUGCGCACUGUGGACCUGCUCUCCUCUGUAGACGGCACCCCCUCCCUGCCCGUGUCCCUGUCCUGGGUGAGGGACGGCAUCCUGGUGGUGGGUAUGGACUGUGAGAUGCACGUGUACGCCCAGUGGCGCCAGGACCGCAAGCCCGGCGAGGCCGAGGGGGACAGCCUCUCCUCUGAAGAUAACGUCGCAUCCUCGUUGGCGUUCAAGGGGCGCCCCCGGUCCAAGAGUGUGUUUGAGGGCAACGUGGCAAUCGACGAGGCUCUCCAGGCGCCGGCAGGGCUGCGAGGGGGUCUGUUCGAGGCAGCCCACUCCCUCCCCACCCUGCCUCAGUACCAUCCAACACAGCUGCUGGAGCUCAUGGACCUGGGGAAGGUCCGCCGCGCCAAGGCCAUCCUGUCCCACCUGGUGAAAUGUAUCGCUGGGGAGGUUGCUGUGGUGAGGGACGUGGAGGCAGGUGAGGGUGGAACCAGACGCCACCUGUCCCGGACAAUCAGUGUGAGCGGCAGUACGGCUAAAGACACCAUCGUGGCCGGCCGCGACGGGGACGCAGAUUACACAGAAAUCAACUCCAUUCCCCCUCUACCCCUCUACGCUCUUCUCUCUGCUGACCUGGACACCUCCUAUAAGGGAGGAGAGGAGGGGGCGAAGGGAGGCAAGGUGUCCGAGGUAGAGGGGGCGAGGAAGACAGGAGGAGAUCAGUACACAGAUCUGUUCCAGUUGCAGGCUGUGACGACAGAUGACUUUGUGAGCUUCGCUACAGAGAAAGUAGAGAAGAAGUCUAGAUUCAUCAACCUGUCUCAGUACGGACCCACCUACUUCGGACCAGAACACGCACAGGUGUUAUCUAGUCAGCUGAUGCAUUCCAGUCUUCCAGGUCUGACCAGGUUGGAACAGAUGUUUCUGGUGGCUCUAGCUGAUACUGUAGCUACCACCAGUUCAGAGGUCAGCAGCUCCACUGACAAACAGUACACAGGUGGUGAGGCCCUGGAUGAGUGUGGGUUGAGGUACCUGUUAGCCAUGCGUCUACACACCUGUCUCCUCACCUCUCUACCCCCACUGUACCGCAUGCAGUUGCUGCACCAAGGUCUGUCUACGUGUCACUUUGCGUGGGCGUUCCACUCGGAGGCUGAGGAGGAGAUGUUGAAUAUGAUCCCAGCCAUGCAGAGAGGAGACCCUCAGUGGUCUGAGCUACGGGCUGUAGGGGUGGGCUGGUGGAUACGCAACAUCAACACACUACGCAGGAUGGUGGAGAAGGUGGGUAAGGCAGCAUUCCAGAGGAACAACGAUCCUUUAGAUGCAGCUCUGUUCUACCUGGCCAUGAAGAAGAAGGCUGUUCUCUGGGGCCUAUUCAGGUCUCAGCGUGAUGAGAAGAUGACGGUGUUCUUUAAGAAUAACUUCAGUGAGGACCGCUGGCGUAAAGCAGCUCUGAAGAACGCUUUCUCUCUGCUGGGGAAACAGCGCUUUGAACAGGCUGCUGCCUUCUUCCUGCUGGCUGGCUCCCUGAAAGACGCCAUCGAGGUGUGCUUGGAGAAGAUGGAAGAUAUCCAGUUGGCCAUGGUAGUAGCCAGGCUGUACGAGGCUGACUAUGAGAGCAGUGCCACCUGCCAAGCCAUCCUGUAUGAGAAGGUUUUGGGCUGCCAGAGGGACGGGUCAGGGUACCACUGCACCAAACUACACCCGGACCCAUUCCUACGCAGCAUAGCCUUCUGGAUCAUGAAGGACUACACCAAGGCCCUGGACACACUGCUAGAGUGCAUCCCCAAAGAGGAUGAUGAGAACCCAGAUGUGAUGGUGAAGUCGUGUAACCCAGUGGUAUUUAGUUUCUAUAACUACCUGAGGACACACCCCCUGAUCAUCCGCCGCCACUACGCGUCCCCUGAUGGUGCUGUGACAUCAUCACUAGGCCUCACCUCGGAGAAGAGCAGCGUCGACGAGAUCAACCUCAUCGAACGCAAACUCUUCUUCACCACCGCCAACGCACACUUCAAGGUGGGCUGUCCAGUGCUUGCCCUGGAGGUGCUCUCUAAGAUCCCCAAGGUGACCAAGAAGUCGGUCUCCUCGUCCCCCCUAAAUAAAGGUUCUUCCAUGGCCAACGUCAGCUCUAGCCUGCCCCUGGAGAAUGGGAACCAGGGGGCCCUGGACUGGGCCUCUCCUGCCCCAGUUAAGGCCAAUCCUGCCUGGGGUACAGAGGAGAGCUCAGCCACACUGGACUGGAGCCAGCCUCUGGUCAAAGUGGAGGACGAUGGACUCCAGCUAGACUGGGGAGAUGAUAAGAACGAUGAAGAUGAUACUGAUGGGGGUCUGACAAUGAAGAAGACUGAUGUGGAGACUAAAGCUGACGAGGGGUCUGGGGGGGUGAGACCACCUGGGCUGCAGAGAGAGGACUCUCAGGGUGAGUCUGAGGUGGACGUGAUCGCAGAGCAGCUGAAGUUCAGAGCGUGCCUGAAGAUACUGAUGACAGAGCUCAGGACGUUAGCUACGGGCUAUGAGGUGGACGGAGGGAAGCUGCGCUUUCAGCUUUACAGCUGGUUAGAGAAGGAGAUAGGGGCCAUGCACCGCAUCUGCAACUACAAGGUGACGGGGAAGGAGGAGAGCCAGGAGCUGGAGAGAUGGGAUGAUGGAGGAGGAGUAGAGGACGUGUUUGAGGAGUCCCUGGGGGGUGGCGGGGGUACGGAGGCGGGGGCGUAUGAGCGCCACCAGCUGGGGCGUAGGCGUCUCGCAGCCAAGCAGCUUCAUGCUGAGAGGAGGAAGGCGUGGCUGAGGAAGAACCAGGCUCUGCUCCGAGUCUUCCUGUCCUACUGCAGCCUGCACGGAGCCAAGGGAGGGGGGGUCACCUCAGUGCGCAUGGAGCUCAUCUUCCUGCUGCAAGAGAGCCAACAGGAGACUACAGUGAAACAGCUUCUCCCCCUGCCCCUCCCCACCACCCUCCCCCUCCUCUCAGCCAGUAUCGCCACCACCAAGACAGUGAUCUCCAACCCUGUCCUCCACCUUAGCAACCACAUCCAUGACAUCCUUCACACCAUCACACAGAUGGAGCUGCCUCCACACCCUGACCUCAUGGACGACAGGGUGAAUCUCCUACACACCCUGGCUGCCUCUCUGUCUGCCUGCAUCUAUCAAGCCCUGUGUGACAGCCAUAGCUACAGCAGCCAGGCAGAGGCCAAUCAGUUUACAGGGAUGGUGUACCAGGGCCUGCUGCUGAGUGAGAGGAGACGGCUACGCACUGAGAGCAUCGAGGAGCAUGCUACACCCACCUCUGCCCCCGCGCAGUGGCCAGGUGUGUCCUCUCUGAUUGCUCUGGUUCAGUCAGCUCAGGGCGAGGAUCAGCCCAAGCUCAACGUGUUGCUGUGUGAGGCUGUGGUGGCAGUUUACCUGUCCCUGCUCAUCCAUGGGCUGGGCAUGCACGCUGGCAACGAACUGUUCCGCCUCGCUGCUCACCCCCUCAGCAACAAGAUGUGGGCGGCCGUGUUUGGGGGUGGGGCUAAAAUCAUCAUCAAACCCAAACGGAACGCUGAGAUCACUCCAGCAGCAGCAGCAGGUAAAGCUAGAACGGACUCGUCAUCAUCAGUGACCUCUGAACCUGACUCAGGGACUAAGGCUAAACCAGUGGUUCCAGAGGUCACCCAGGAUAACGGUCCAGCCGUGCCAGCCCCUCCCCCGGCAGAGGAUGUGGAUCGACUCAGACGACGGUUUAAUAUGAGGAUGCUGGUUCCUGGUCGUCCAGUAAAGGAGGUCCCUGCCACCCCCCCUCCCGUCCCUGCAGAGAGACCCGCCUACAGGGAGAAGUUCAUUCCUCCAGAGCUCAGCAUGUGGGACUACUUUGUGGCCAAACCCUUCCUGCCCCUGUCAGACAGUGGAGCUCUGUAUGACUCAGAUGAGAGCGGAGAGGAGGAUGACGACGACGAUGAUGAUGAUGCUUUCCUCUCUGACACACAGAUGACUGAACACUCUGACCCCAACUCAUACAGUUGGUCUCUGAUCCGUCUGGUCAUGGUGAAACUGGCUCUACAUAACGUCAAGACCUUCCUCCCUCUCACUGGACUGGACUUCACAGACCUGCCGGUCACGUCUCCUCUGGGGAAUGCUGUGCUGAAGACACUAGAGAACUGGGAGACCCAACUCCAGGAGAGGAUGAACAAGUUUGAUGGUCCUCCUCCCAACUACAUCAACACCUACCCCACUGACCUCAGCACAGGAGGGGGGCCCGCCAUACUGAGACACAAGGCCAUGCUGGAGCCUGACAACACACCUUUCAAGAAUAAGAACCACAUUUCGUUCCCUGCGAGGCGUCUCUGGCACUACCUGGUGAAACAGGAAGUUCUUCAGGAGACUCUGAUUCGCUAUAUCUUCACUAAGAAGAGGAAGCAGAGCGAGUGUGUUGAAGGCUAUAUGGAUCUCCUCAGCCCAAACUGUGUAUCUGGAGCUCUCAGGUCCAACAAGGUGGAGGGAGACUUAGGCUACCCAGGAAGGAAUGCUAAGAUCAUCCACAAGGAGUCUGACAUCAUCAUGGCCUUCGCCAUCAACAGGGCUAACACCAAUGAGAUAGUGCUGGCGUCCACUCACGACGUGCAGGAGGUUGAUGUGUCCACUCUGUUAGCUGCUCAGCCCUACACCUGGAUAGGAGAGGACUUUGACAAGGAGUCACACAGUUCUGAUGACGUGGACUACCGUUCUUCCCACACUAACGUUGCCCAGGCCUCCUCUACCCCGUCCCACUUCAACCCCAAAGACAUGGCAGCCUCUGCAUCCAUGCCCUGGCUGGGGAGUGGGCAGACCAGCAUGGGUGCUAGUGUGAUUAUGAAGAGGAACCUGAACAAUGUGAAGAGAAUGACCUCCCACCCCAUAUUCCAGUACUAUAUGACUGGGGCUCAGGACGGCAGUGUCCGUAUGUUUGAGUGGAACAGGCCACAGCAACUCAUCUGCUUCAGACAGGCAGGCAAUGCCAGAGUCACACGCCUCUACUUCAACUCACAGGGAAACAAGUGUGGUGUAUCAGAUGGAGAAGGCUUCCUCAGUCUGUGGCAGGUCAACCAGACCUCCUCCAACCCCAAGCCCUACGUGAGUUGGCAGUGCCACUCUAAGACCUGUGGUGAUUUUUCCUUCAUCACUUCCUCCAGUCUCAUCGCAACGGCAGGACAGUCCAACGACAGCAGAAAUGUCUGCCUGUGGGACACUCUUAUUUCACCUAGUAACGCCAUGGUACAUGCCUUCCCGUGCCAUGAGAACGGUGCCACGGUGUUGCAGUACGCUCCCAAGCAGCAGCUGCUGAUCUCGGGAGGCAGGAAGGGCUUUGUGUGUGUGUUUGACAUCCGACAGAGACAGCUGCUACACACCUUCCAGGCCCACGACUCAGCCGUCAAAGCCCUGGCGCUCGACACCUCCGAAGACUUCUUCGUAACCGGCUCGGCUGAGGGGAACAUGAAGGUGUGGAAGCUGGCAGGCCAUGGCCUCAUGCACUCGUUUAGCACAGAGCAUGCCAAGCAGUCCAUCUUCCGGAACAUCGGAGCAGGCGUCAUGCAGGUGGAGACCCGCCCCGGCAACCGCAUAUUCACCUGCGGCGCCGACGGAACCCUCAAGAUGAGGGUUCUACCCGACCGCUACAACAUCCCCUCUAGCAUCUUCGACAUUCUGUAGACCCCAAACCACUUCCUGUACUGUCUGUAGAGAGGUCAUCUGAUUGGUUAGUGGUUGAACGUUGAAACUAUAACCAAACUUUCACUGGAAUAUUCAACAUCUUGUAGAAACGUAAAUACCUGGAAGGGGUAUGUCUAAAUGGCGGUGGAUAGGAAGGAGUAAGGUUGAAAGAUUAACCAAACUUUCUUUCACUCGUAUAACAUUGUGUAGAGAGACGAAGAGAGAUCGGGGUAAAGGUUGAGAGAUAGAUCACUAAGUAUAUUACACUGCUGGAUAGGCUAGAGGGCUCUACUGAUAUGUGUGACGUAGAGGUGAAAGGUUGAGAGAUGACCAAGGUUUCAGCAGCUUUGAGAGAGCAACAGAGUGUGUACGGUACGGUAUGACUUUACCUAGUGGAAAUCGUAUCAGAAAAGUUCAAUUGAGCUGUGAAUAUUUUAUUCUUUCCCAAAGCCUAAAAGCGUGUAUUAAAACGUAAAGCAACAGGUUCCAUACUUGAUUUUAACAGUUAGAUUUCCUGUCAUUUUAAAAGCGGCUGCUGUUUACGAGUGUGUCAGUCCAUAUGAAAGCUAUGCAUGACUUCCUGUUCUCGUUUUAAGCGGUGCAAUCACAUGGUUUAUUGAUAUGAUAGUGCUCUGUACAAGUGCUCAAACUCUUCUAAAGUGUGUAUCUGUUGUCAUUUUGUGCCCAUAAGCUGAAAAACUCUCUUAGCAUCUACAUUAACCAGCACUGUGGUUCCUUUAGUCAGUCAGUCAGUGGUCUGGUGUGACUCUGAAGUUGUUGAUCUGCAUUUUGUUGAAAUGGUUUCAUCCUCUUCAUCCCCUGGCUAAUCUCACUGUUAAUGACAAUGUUUAAUGGCACACUAUCCCCAUAGUGACCCCAUCCCAUAACACUGGCUGCCCAGUGACUCGCUAGCCUACUCCAUCGAUUGAUCUAUGGAUUGAUUGAGCCUAGCAGCUAUGUGAUCACACCUCUCUGUAUCUGCUGCCUGCCUGCCGUCAAAAGCCUGUUUGUGCGGCAGCAGCGGCCUCACUGCUAGAACGUUGUGUUUGGAAGAUGGUGUGUUUUGAUCUUGUGACUGUGUGUAGUCUAUAUGUCUCAUCUGUCUGUUCCACUGAACCCCCCCCCCCCCGAGAAGAAAGAAACACAUGGGGUCUGUUAUGUUCUGUAUGGGUCUGUUAUGUUCUGUAUGGGUCUGUUAUGUUCUGUAUGGGUCUGUUAUGUUCUGUAUGGGUCUGUUAUGUUCUGUAUGGGUCUGUUAUGUUCUGUUAUGUUCUGAAUGGGUAUGUUAUGUUCUGUAUGGGUCGGUUAUGUUCUGUAUGGGACUGUUAUGUUCUGUAUGGGUCUGUUAUGUUCUGUAUGGGACUGUUAUGUUCUGUAUGGGUCAACAUUUUAUUUUUUGUUGUUGAACUAUUUACCUAUUUGUUUUUGGUUGGUGGGUUGGUGGGUUGUUUCUUUGCAGGCUGUUGUUAUUUGUGUUGGACUUUUUGCCUUUUACGUUAGGAAUGUAAUGGGUUAAUACUGUAUUUUACUGGGACAUAGUGCAACAUGGCAUAGGUUUGUGUUUGGUGAUACUACUGUACUGUAUUGUUUUUACAAACCUUAUUGAAUAGAUAUUUGCACUCAAAUCUGGGGACACUAAAAGUUUAUUUCAAAACGAAUAGGCUAUGGGAAGGACAAAUAAACUACUGUUAUAUACAAAUGAAUGUCUGGCUGUAUUUGGCCUAGUGGUAAAAAGUGAAAUAGUUUUAAUAUAUGAAAUACCACAGCAGCUUGUACAAACAUGAAAGCGUUUGACUUAUUUUUCUGUUUUGUAUCAUAGCGGCUGGAUUAGUUGUAUCUUUUGUUAAAUGUUUGUAUUGUUUUUAUUAUUAAACAGAUUUGUGUUUCCUUCCCUCCA